CGAAUCCAAACAAAAGGGCAGUAUGUAAUUUUAUCAGUUGGAUAUCGUUUUGCAAUAACUUCCGGACUAUGACGACAACGUAAGCCACCAGAUCCCGCCCAGCCCCGAAAGCAGUAUUUAAAUUCGGCAAUUAAGCAACGAGGAUGGAUAAUGUGAAUUUAAAAUAUUACUCAAUCAGGGGGCUAAACGAUUUAUUACCAAAGUGCUUACACACGCAGUUUCGAUGACAAAUUCGUUGGUAUUUCGGCGAGGGGGCGGCGCCGGGGCUAACCAGAGAAAAAUAAGUAAGCGGAGCAAAUCCGAGAGUUCAUAUAAAUUAAAAGUCGCGGCCGCGUUUUAAAACGCCUCAAACGCUGCGGCAUUGUUGUCCGUGUCUGGGGCUUCUGUUCUGCUCUGUUCUGGUCAAACAUUUACUCGCCCUCGCACAAUAGACGCUGUCCAGCUACAACAAUAACAAAUAGAAUAAUAAUAGUGAUAAAACGAGCGACGGUGACGAAAGCAUUUGGCGAUAAUGGAACGAUAAAAGAGCCAAACACUCAUGCUUUUUCCACAUUUCGACUUUAGCAAUGAUAUUUGCCCCCGGAAAGUUAGUAUUGCCGGCGAUAGUAGCCUAAGACAGUCGCGUGCGACCCUCGGAAAAGUUGAAAAAUUUGAAUACUAUCAGCUUUGUAUUAAGUCUACGGUAAAUAGAAGAUAGUUGCCCUGCACUCGGAGAAACCAGUGCAAUUAAUAAAGGUCGAGCAGCAGGCAUCGAGCAAAAACCCGUUUACCACCACGUCUGUAAAUUAGCUAGUUUCGUGGCUUAAUUAAUAAAAAAAGAAAUAAGUAAAUAAAGACCAAGCGAAUAGCGAAUAUAACAAGUUAGUCUGCGAUCUGUCUCGAGACUGUUGACUCCCAAAAAACCAAAAUCAAAAACGAAACCGAGACCGAGACCGUAGACCGUAGAAACAAAGGCCAAAGCGGCGAAGUCGGAGAAUCCGAGCCCCUGACAAAUUCUCGUAAACCCGUAGAGUAUAAAGAGCGUCCACCAAAAUGCCGCGUUCGCAUUUCACUCGAAGGCAUUGUCUAGCGAUGACGGGCGGAUUAAUUGCUUCGGCGGUUCUCAUCUGGUGCGUCGCCCACUCGACGAUCGAAUCGUCGGCCAAGCUCUACGAUCCCGCCGCUGAUAAAUCCACGCUCGAGCUGCUCCAUGUGGUAUUCCGACAUGGACCACGAACGCCGGCGGAUACGUAUCCAAGGGAUCCCUAUGUAAAUGAGACCUACUAUCCCUUUGGCUGGGGACAAAUAACAAAUAAUGGCAAACGCGAACUGUUCAACAUUGGUACUUGGCUGCGUAAGCGUUAUGGCAAAUUUCUGGCGCCCAACUACAGUCCCGAUUUGGUCCACGCUCAAGCGACGGGUGUUCCCCGGACUCACAUGACGAUGCAGACCGUUUUGGCCGCCUUCUUUCCGCCAAAGGGAACCGAUAUGGAGUGGAAUAGCCGGUUUAAUUGGCAGCCCAUACCUGUCUUCUCCCAGGAGCUCAAUGAGGAUACGUUGCUACUGGUGCGAACACCCUGCCCGCGAUAUUUCGAGGCCCUGCAUGAGGUGUACGAGUUACCUGAGGUCAAAGCGGAAAUAGCACCCUACCUGGAAAUGUACAAAGAGCUGGAAAAGCACACAGGCCUCAGUUUCAAGGAGCCCGAGGAUGUGCAAUCCCUGUACUUGACACUGCUCGCCGAACAGGAGUGGGGUCUGGAAUUGCCCGAAUGGACGCAUUCCUAUUUCCCGGAGAGACUGCAAUUCCUGGCCGAGCAGAGUUACGUUUACAAUGUCUACACACCCGAGAUGCAGAAGAUCAAGGGUGGUCCCUUUCUUAAGAAAAUGUUCACUGAAAUGCAGCAGAAGAAGAAUGGAACUCUGAAGCCCAGUGGCAGGAAACUCUUCAUAUACACAGGUCACGAUUCGACGGUGGUGAAUGUCCUUGCCGCCCUAAAAGUCUGGGAACGCCAGAUGCCUCGCUACUCGUCGAUGGUUCUGUUUGAACUGCAUAAAAACAAGGAAACAGGCGACUACUGGGUGGAGAUCUACUUCCGCAACGAUCCCAAGGAUCAGGCACAAAAGCUCACAGUGCCCGGCUGUGAGUUCCAGUGUCCUUUGGAUAAGCUUCUGGAUUUGGCCAAGGAUGUAGUUCCCACGGAAACGGACGCCAAUCGCUGCGAGUCUCGCAAUGCAGGCUUCACGGAGCCACCGCUGCGGGGGCCAUAGGAACCAGAAUUUAGUGGAUAUAGAAAAAUCGUUAAGGUGCUAUACAUCUCAGGGAGUGGGACUGCAAAAGGCCCACUACUAAUCCUUUAAUUAAGUCCGUCGUUAGGCAUAGCCCGAAUAAAUAUACCUGAACUCGUUUUGGGUUAAUCGUUAA